AUGUCGGAGCUCACCAAGCCCUGGCUGGACGCUCGCAUCAGGCAGAGCCGGGUUGCUCGCAGCCCAAGCUUUCCUCUCCCGCUCGCCCCUUCCCAAAUCCCACCCUGGGUGCGGGUGGAUGCGGGCGGGGAGCGGGGCCUGGCUCCGGCGGCGGGCUCGGAGGGGGCGGUGGGUGCCGGCCCGGGGGGGCCGUGGCGGUGGGCAGGGCCGGCGGAUGACGCCGGCCCGGAGCCCCGGCAACCCGGGCACCGGGACGAUGCGGAGAGCAAGAUACCACCGUUGGCUGCCUCACCUGGAUCCAGCCUCGGGCACACGGGACAAGCAGAGGACACGAGUGGCCACGCAGCACUUUCCAGCCACGCAGAGGAGGAAGAGGUGGAUUCAGAAAACGAGAAGCUGGUGGUGAGAGAGCCAGAGGAUGAGGAUGCUGCAGAUGAGACAUUUUCCUUUAAAUACAGUCCUGGAAAGCUAAGGGGAAACCAGUACAAGUCAAUGAUGUCCAAAGAAGAACUAGAGGAAGAACAAAGGGUUCAGAGAGAGCAGCUGGCUGCCAUCUUCAGACUGAUGAAGGAAAAAAGUGACACGUUUGGAGAGAUGUCUGAAGGAGACAUGAAGGAGCAGCUCAGACUGUAUGACAUAUAACCCUGCAGCCAGGGCAGGCUGUGCCCAAAAGCCAUACUGGCCCUUGUUCUGCAGGACACUGGAGGCUGUAGUGCUUGAAAAGUGUCUCAGUAGUUAUUUUGCAGUUCCAGUUUGUUUUGCAAACACAUAUAGGCCUGUGAUAUGUAUUUCAAAAGACUUGUAAUUCCUCAGCCUUUUAAUAAUUUUUCUUUGCAGAGCUAUCAUCUCGUACAGCAAUUUUUUACCUCUUUCUGGCUGGGGCAUAUGUCUCAGUCCUACAAAGCAGU